CCCAAUGCUUUCUUCAGGCCCCAGCAGUGGGGUUCACCAUGCAGCCCUGCAGCCAAAGCCCAGUCCCUUCCAGCAGAUCAGCCCACAUCGGAUGUCCCCAGGAUGCUCUCGGCAGCUGGGACCGCCCAGCAGUCCCCCCCAGCGGAGCAGCCGGGCAGACCGUCCCCCGCGGGCUCUCCCAGGAACAGGCAGACUCAGACCAGCUCCAGCAACCUCCACCUCCCCCAGGACUCUGCCAUGAAAGGGCAGCCGGGCAGCGAGGACCCGGUGGUUGUGACUCACGAGCAGUUCAAAGCUGCCCUUAGGAUGGUUGUGGACCAGGGAGACCCCCGGACUAUGCUGGAGAACUACGUGAAGAUCGGGGAGGGCUCCACAGGAAUCGUCUGCAUCGCCCGGGAGAAGCACUCGGGCCGGCAGGUGGCAGUGAAGAUGAUGGACCUGAGGAAGCAGCAGCGCCGGGAGCUCCUUUUCAAUGAGGUGGUGAUCAUGAGGGACUACCAACACGUCAACGUAGUGGAGAUGUACAAGAGCUACCUCGUGGGAGAGGAGCUGUGGGUGCUGAUGGAGUUCCUGCAGGGCGGAGCCCUCACAGACAUCGUGUCUCAGAUCAGGCUAAAUGAGGAGCAAAUUGCAACAGUGUGUGAGUCGGUGCUGCAGGCUCUGUCCUACCUUCACUCUCAGGGGGUCAUUCACCGAGACAUCAAGAGUGACUCCAUCCUCCUGACACUGGAUGGGAGGGUCAAACUCUCAGAUUUUGGCUUCUGUGCUCAGAUCAGUAAGGAUGUACCUAAAAGGAAGUCCCUGGUAGGUACUCCCUACUGGAUGGCUCCAGAAGUCAUUGCCAGGAUACCAUACACUACUGAGGUGGAUAUCUGGUCUCUGGGGAUCAUGGUGAUAGAGAUGGUGGAUGGAGAACCCCCCUAUUUUAGUGAUUCUCCAGUGCAGGCAAUGAAGAGGCUCCGUGACAGUCCUCCUCCCAAACUGAAAAACUUCCACAGGACCUCCCCAGUCCUCAGAGACUUCUUGGAAAGGAUGUUGACACGGGAUCCACUAGAAAGAGCAACGGCACAAGAACUUCUGGAUCACCCCUUUUUGCUGCAGACAGGGCUCCCAGAGUGCCUGGUGCCCCUCAUCCAGCAGUACAGGAAACGCACCUCCACCUGCUGA